ACUAAAGCGCCAUACGCACAGCCAUUCUUCUGCACGUAGCCAGCCAGUGAGCAGACUCUCACCCACAGCAGACGACUUCGUUCAAUUUGGCAGUUGCAGAAUCUUCUUGUUUCCCUUAACCAUCACACGAAUUGAUCUCUUGUGUCAAAUAAAUUCGGUCUUAUCUACAUUCCAGAAAGAUGAAGACUAAGUUCAUCAACGGGGUGUCCUCCUCCCCCUCCAUGUCUCUGGGUUUACUGGUGACCGAGAACGCGCUUCAGGUCCAGCCUGAUACCGAGCCAGCCUGCAAAGCUCUGCGCGCAGAGGAACCCGACCAUGAGACCAAGCACAAGGCGUAUCUGUGGUGCAAAGAGUUUCUGCACGGAGCCUGGAAGUCCAUUGAUGAGGAGGAUUUUCAUAUAACUGUGAUCAGAGGGGGUCUCAGCAACAAGCUGUUCCUCUGCGCAUUACCCGAGGAGCAGCAGAGCGUUGGGGACGAGCCAAGAAACGUGUUGCUUCGCCUCUAUGGAGCCAUACUGCAGAUGUCCUGUAAUAAAGGAGACUCUGGACAGUCAAACACGGAAAAUCACUUUCAAGGAGCUGAAGCUAUGGUCCUGGAAAGUGUGAUGUUUGCCAUCCUGGCAGAGAGGCAGCUUGGGCCUAAGCUCUAUGGCAUCUUUCCUCAGGGGAGACUAGAACAGUAUGUCCCGAGCCGCAAACUUGCCACAGAGGAGCUGGGAAUUCCCAGUUUAUCUGCUGAGAUUGCAGAGAAAAUCGCUAAGUUCCACAAGAUGAGGAUGCCUUUUAACAAAGAGCCCAAAUGGCUGUUUGGCACAAUGGAAAAAUACAUGACUCAAGUGCAAAGGGUGACCUUCACCAGAGAGAUCCACCUCCAUAAGUUUAACCUUCUUAUGAGCUACAACCUGCCUCAGGAGAUGGAGAACCUCAGGUGUCUCCUGGAAUCCACCCCAUCUCCUGUUGUUUUCUGCCACAAUGAUUUACAAGAAGGAAACAUCCUUCUUCUAAGUGGCCGGGAGAACAUGGAAAAGCAGAAACUUAUGCUGAUUGACUUUGAGUACAGCAGCUACAACUACAGAGGAUUUGACAUAGGAAACUUCUUCUGUGAAUGGAUGUACGACUACAACUGUGACACACCUCCGUUCUUCAGCAGCAAUACCAAGAAUUAUCCAACCAAAGUUCAGCAGAUGCAUUUCUUUGAAAGCUAUCUGUCUGAAUAUGACCCUGGAGUGGCAAACCUGAGCGAGGAAGCCCAGCUAAAAAUCAAAGAGGACAUGUUGGUGGAGGUUAACAGGUUUGCCCUCGCUUCACACUUCUUCUGGGGCCUGUGGUCCAUAAUUCAGGCGAGACUUUCCACUAUCGAGUUUGGCUACCUGGACUAUGCCAUAGCCAGAUUUGACACAUACUUUGAGCUCAAAAAGGAGCUAGGAGUUUAAAUGCUGUGUUAUUACACAAGGGACAGAGAAGCUAAGAAGAGUGAAGUGGAGACUGCAGACCUGGCUUUUGAAUCCAGUAGAAGCAGAUGCUUUGCAACUGUGAUGAUUAUAUGGUGCCGCAUGGUCCAAAAUCGACAACACUCACAUUUACUUGGCCUAAUGUGUUCAGUAGUGUACCAUGCUAGUUCUCAGAGUUUAUCUCAGUGUUUCAGCUCCAAAAGCUCAACACAUUUUCGUGAUGCUGAAAGCUUCUGGGCAGCUUAAAAAAACACAAACAAACAAAAAAAGCAUACAUGUAAAAUUACCAUUACAGAGUCCUAAGUGGGCUUUUGAAAAAAAAAAUCUAGAAUAAACUGCGCCACUAACAUGUAGAAGCGAGUCUCUGCCAGAUUUGGUGGAGACACUUGACCCCAAAGAGCCACGUUUGUCUGCUUUUAUUACGGCAGGUAAUCUCUGCUGCAUUAUCUUUACAACCUGUGCUAGGAAAUGUGAAAAAGUGAGGUUCAUAAGCGUGGACCUUGAGCUAUAGUGCGAUACAACAGACCAAACUCAUGUGGCACUGUGAAUUUUCAGUGCUGUGAGACAUGUAUACACUCAUCCAAUUUUUUUAGUGAAGCCUUAUGAUCCUUUUUGUGGUUUGUUUACUUCUCUUUCUCUACUUGAACAACUACUAGACUGACUGUUUUUUUUUUUUUUAACGGUAAUAAGUCAAGAAGGCAAUAGUGUGGAAAUCAGAUGCCUUAUGGGACCUGGCCACCUGUGUACACUUGAGAAAAUGACAUGAUGCAUAUGAUCUGAUUUUAAAUUUUGAACUGGAGUCAAAAAAGUUAGUUCUGUUUGCUUACUGGCUCUGUUUCACAUUGUGGAUACAGUGGUCACUAUCAACUUGUAUUACAUACUGACAAUCCUUCCCUUUUUUUCAUAAUUAGCACAUGUACUAAUUUGUUUCCCACGUGAGAUAAAUUUUUUUUUUGCCAUGUAAUAACAUUUGUUAUUUCUCUGAAUUUAUUAUAUUUCAUUAUCAUUUGCCUGGUAUAUAGGCUAAACUGUGAGAAUCUUUUUAAAUCUUUUACAAUCUUAGCUACUAUUUUUGAGUAUCACAUUCGUUAUAUUUAGCUGCAGAUGUAUAUUAUAGUGAUGGUAUAUUAAUCUGUUAACAUUACUGUGUCACUCUAUAUGAGUCAUGUAAACAGUAUUUCUAAGUGGAACUUUUCUUUUUUUUCCUUUAAUGGAAGUUGUUUUUUUCUUAAUAAGAAAGCUGUGUUUUGUGAAGGGAUUUAAAUAUUGCUAAUUACUUUUUCUUCUACAUCUUCAGUGUUCUUCAGUGUGACAUGUAAGUGACUUUGUUUAGUUUUACACCCUUUUGAAGCUGUAAGUAAUUCAUACACAUUCUGGCAAUUUAAUCACAAAUUCCAGUAUAAUAACAAGGAGCCAAUGGAAAACCAAGAGUUGUAUAUGAGUGAAUGUAAUGACGUAUAAAUCAUAUACUGCAAUUUCAGACAUUAUUUUGUCCCUGACUUCGUCAUGUAUGUACAAUACUACAGGACAAUUCAAAACCAAUCUACAGUGUGCUCUACAGUUUGCUCUUUUUGUAUUGUAAUAAAAGGAGAAAGAAGGUUUUGAUUUGACAUUAAUUAACCUUGUUCUGUAGAAAAUGCUUUGCUCAUGAACAAUAAAUAAAAGUAUGUAAAACUAUCCAAAAAAA